GAGCCAAGCUGCAUUAUGUACUCACUCACAAAUCACUUCCUUCAUACAAAUUAUUGUUAAGCAAACAAAGAGAAAGAUCGAUGGCAUUCUCAAAGACUAUUCUUCUCGUUGCCCUUGUCUUUGCUGUUCUCCUCAUCUCCUCUGAGGUCUCAGCUCAUGAAAAUUCUGACCACUUCCACGGCAACGAUCAUGGACAUGGUGGCCACGGACAUGGAGGACAUGGACAUGGAGGCGAAGGAGGACAUGGACAUGGAGGACAUGGAGGACACGGAGGACAUGGUGGCCAUGGAGGCCGUGGAGGGCACGGAGGGCAUGGACCUGGUGCUCAUGAAACUGAGAAUUAGAUACCGUUUGCUGCCUCGCCUAAUGUCAGGCGUGCUAGCUGCAUGAGUAUUAUUAGUAUGAACUAUGAAGCACUUGUUUGUCAAAUAAAGUUGUACUGGUUAAUGAGUAGUAAUCUGAAAACUCUCAAUCAAGCAUUGGCAGGUUACUUCUAAGCUUUAUCGCUGUACUCUUAAUUUGUAAUGUAUGCCUUGGAUGGCCUUGUUAUUUACUACAA